AUGGCGGGUGGUGUAAUCGCGACUGGUUCCGGCAGUGAGCAAGACUUUCCGGCGAAGCUCACCCUCCAAGUCUUUAUUUGCACCGCCAUAGCUGCCUUUGGUGGUUUAAUGUUUGGCUACGAUAUUGGAAUUUCAGGAGGAGUGACAGGGAUGGACGAUUUCCUAUUGAAGUUCUUCCCCAAUGUUUACGUUAAAAAGAACCACGCUCAUGAAAACAACUACUGCAAAUUCGACGACGAGUAUCUUCAGCUCUUCACGUCGUCCCUUUACUUAGCCGCCAUCGUCGCCAGUGGCGGCGCCUCCUUAAUGUGCAAGAAAUACGGUCGAAAACCAACCAUGCAAGCUGCUUCUAUCUUCUUCUUCAUUGGAGCUAUUCUCAACGUGUCUGCAAUGAACCUUCCUAUGUUAAUUCUUGGAAGGCUUUUCCUUGGUGCUGGUGUAGGAUGUGGUAACCAGGCAGUCCCGCUGUUCAUUACCGAAAUUUCACCGCCAAAAUUCAGAGGAGGACUCAACAUUUGCUUUCAGUUGCUAAUCACAGUUGGCAUUCUGGUAGCAAAUUGUGUUAACUAUUUCACAUCGAAUAUAAAAAACUAUGGUUGGAGGAUUUCAUUGGGCGGCGCCGCCGUGCCAGCCGUAAUCCUCCUUGUUGGAUCCUUCGCUAUUGUCGAGACUCCGACGAGUCUGAUAGAAAGAGGAAAGAAAGAAAAAGGCUUAAAAACCCUAAAGAGAAUCAGGGGUGUAGACGAUGUUCAAAAAGAGUUUGAAGAAAUGGUUCGAGCCACAGAGGUUGCCAAUCAAAUCAAACACCCUUUCAGGGAACUGAUGAAGAAGCCGAGCAUUCCUCCAAUGAUUUGCGGCACCAUCAUUCAUGUAUUCCAGCAGUUCACAGGGAUCAACGUGGUCAUGUUUUACGCACCGGUGUUGUUUCAAACCAUGGGGUUCGGGUCCAGUGCCUCGCUUUUAUCGGCCGUCAUAACCGGCACUGUCAAUUCAUUGUCAACAGUUAUCGCCAUCUUUACUGUAGAUAAAGCUGGAAGGAAGAAACUACUCGUUUUUGGAGCUCUGAUUUGCAUGGUAGCUCAGUGUACAAUUGGGGUUAUUCUUAAAAAGUACCUGACGGAAACAAGCAAAGUACCCAAUAGCAUAGCCAAAGUAGUGGUGCUUUUAAUCUGCGUAUAUGUGAACGGAUUUGCAUGGUCAUGGGGUCCUUUGGGGUGGCUAAUAUCUAGCGAAGUCUUCCCAUUGGAAACUCGAACUUCAGGCUAUUUCUUUGCGGUCGCCACCAACAUGCUUUGCACAUUCAUCAUAGCUCAAGCAUUCCUCAGCAUGCUUUGCCACAUGCGAGCCUACAUUUACUUCUUCUUCGCCGCCUGGCUCAUCGUCAUGUCCAUUUUCGUAAUGGCGAUGCUCCCUGAGACCAAAGGAGUCCCCCUUGAUGAAAUGGUUGAAAGAGUAUGGAAGAAACACUGGUUCUGGAAAAGUUUUUUCAAAUCUAGCGACAUUGAAAGACCGAAAGCUAUGGUCCAGCUUGAGCAUCAGGAAAAACCAAACCAUUAAAAACACCUUUGUACAUCUCUUUGGAUUUCAUGUCUCUGCCCAUUUGUGUAUUUGAUGAGAAUAAGUUAACAGAGUAAGGUAAGGGGAAGAAUAUUUGAGAAAAGUUCUUAGGCUUUCUUUUUCACUUAGAGAUUGUUCCAAGGUUUCCAACAACUUUC